AUGCGGCGUGGUACCAUCAUCUUCCUCGUCAUCAACCUGCUGGUCAUCGGCCUCCUCAUCAAUGCCUUCAGCACUCUGAUCUCCCUGCUGUUCGAGGACGGCUCGGCCGACGCCAUCCACCGCGCCGAGAUCCCCGCCCCCGGCUCCGACCUCAUCGACAACCGCACCCAGCUCAUCCCCAAGAUCAUCCACCAGACCUACAUCAACACCUCCAUCCCCGAGCAGUGGAAGCCGGGCCAGCAGUCGUGUAUCGAUCUGCACCCGGAUUAUGAGUACAUGCUCUGGACCGAUGAAAAGUCCCGCGCCUUCAUCGCCGCCGAGUACCCCUGGUUCCUCGAGACGUUCGACAACUACCCGUUCCCCAUCCAGCGCGCCGAUGCCAUCCGCUACUUCGUGCUCGCCUACUACGGCGGCAUCUACAUUGACCUUGACGAUGGCUGCAACCGCCGUCUUGACCCGCUCCUGAGCUACCCCGCCUGGCUGCGCUUCACCAUCCCCACGGGCAUCAGCAACGACGCCAUGGGCUCCGUCCCCCAGCACCCCUUCUUCCUGCGCGUCAUCGAGUCCCUCCAGUCCUACAGCCGCAACUGGGGCAUGCCCUACAUCACCGUUAUGUACAGCACCGGCCCCCUCUUCCUGUCUGUUGUCUGGAAGGAGUACAUCGGCGUCGCUCGCGAGGCGGCGGAGCGCGUCCGCAUCUUGAUGCCCGGCGACUACAAGGGCCACAGCUGGAGCUUCUUCAACGUCGUCAAGGGGAACAGCUGGCACGGGAAGGACGCCCAGACCAUCUUCUGGAUGGGCCGCCACUGGAUGCUGCUGACCGUGGCCGGCUUCGCCAUCGCCGCCGUCGUCGGCGGCUGCCUCUGGUGGUCGUGGACCAUCUGGGUCAUGCGGCGCGGUAACACGGCCGCCCGGCGUCGCGCGCUGUGGAGACGGGCGCCGAGCAAGGAGCGGUACGAACUCGUGGAUCGGAUGGCUGCAGCACAUGGGACCAUUGUUCAUCUUUUGUGGCCUUUGUAUGAUUAG